GCUUAUACAAAAUUGAUGCCAACGCAAUGGCGAACUAUCGCUCCAAUUGUUGGAAGAACGCCAUCUCAAUGUCUUGAAAGAUAUCAGAGAUUGCUUGAUGAAGCAGAAGCUAAAGAAGGAUUAGAUUUGACUGGACCGGCGGGUGAUACAGGUCCGAGUGCUGAUGAUGUUCGAAGACUUAGACCUGGAGAGAUUGACCCUGAUCCAGAAACAAAGCCUGCAAGGCCCGAUCCUGUCGAUAUGGACGAAGAUGAGGCUCGUGCUAGGUUAGCCAAUACUCAAGGCAAAAAAGCGAAGCGAAAAGCACGUGAAAAACAACUAGAAGAAGCUAGACGUCUAGCUUCCCUGCAAAAAAGACGUGAAUUAAAAGCUGCGGUGAAAAAGAAGAAGAAGGGCAUGGAUUAUAAUGCAGACAUACCAUUUGAAAAAAGGCCAGCAUUAGGAUUCUAUGAUACUACUGAAGAAAAAAAUCGACAACCAGAGAUGACCGAGGGUGGUCUCAUUAAUUUUGUACCUGCAAGAAAUGCGCAAUUAAAUAAAUUAAAACAAGCAGAACAAAUUAACAAACGAAGAAAAUUAAUUCUUCCUGCACCACAAGUUGGAGAAACUGAACUUGAAGAGAUUGUAAAAAUUGGGUUUGCUGGACAAAACGUUAAAGCAGUUGUAGGAGAAUCGGAUAAUGUUUCUUCUCUUACAGACUACACUCCUUCUAGCACUAGUCUACCAUUAAGAACACCAAGAACACCAAGAACGGUAGCAGGUAUAACACAAACACCAAGAACGCCAGGAACUCUCCUUUCGCUAAGGACUCCAAGAACUCCAGCUGCUGUUGACACUGCGACUAUUAAACAGCUUAGAGCAGGAUUGUUAAAUUUGCCUGCACCAAAAAAUGAUUUUGAAAUUGUUUUACCUGACGUCGAAGGGAAAGAAGUGCCCAAAGAGGAUACCGAAGGAAUAGAAGAAGAUGCUAGUGAUAGAGAUAAAAAAUUAAAGGCUCAGCAAGAAGAAGAAGCUGUACAGCGUGAUCUUCCUCGACCUGUUAACAUCAAUUCAGUUUUUGAUUCAUUCGAAGAAGUUUCAGAUGGUGACUCUGAAAUCCAAAAGCUCAUUGAUAUUGAGAUGCUCACGCUAUUACGACGUGAUGCGGUAAUGCAUCCAGUUCAUGGAAGUAAACCUGCAAACUUGGAUUUAGAAUCAUUCGAAGAAUUUCCUGACGAAUUGAUUGAUCAGGUGAAGAAAGAAAUAGAUUUAGAAUUUACAAAAGUUACCAAUGAACUUUCCAACGAAGAUUUUGAUGAAGCAUGGAGCCAAAUUCAUGAUACACCCGUAACAACCCAAUUUCACAGUCAACUAGAAGCUAAUCGUAAUGUUAUGAUUAAAGAAGCCACAAAGGCUACUAAGUUAGAGAAAAAAUUAAAUGUUAUAUUGGGCGCUCUUUCAAAGAAUGUUUCUGAGACAUUUGAUGAAAUUGAACAAGCAAAAAUAGAACUUGACUCUUUUCAAUCUUUAAGUAUUUCGGAACGGGAAGCGAUACCGAAGC